GUUUAAUAUAAAACUUAAGAUCAUUAUGUUGUUGUCUGAUGUAAAGAAGUGAAUUAUUCGUUCGAAUUCAAAACUUAAUUAUUCGAACUUUAGACGACGAUGAAGGAAAUAUUUAGUCCCAGUAUAUUUUCGGUUGAGGGUUUGGUAUAAGUUCAUUUAAAUAUUUUAAUAUUUUUCCAGUGUAUAAGGUGUUGUGUUAUAACUGUAUACUAAUAUAAAAUGACUUCAAAAGUUCAAUAUUUUCGAACGACCCCUAAGUUACUGGCCGUGCUACAAAUGGGGGGGGCCAGUGGUCAAAUCUUCACAGCUGAUCAGAUUGUAUUAUUCCUGGGCAAAUACAUCGAAACUAAGAAACUUUUCAAUCCUUCGAACAAACGUUUGAUUCGUUGCAAGAACGACCUUCUUGGGGAAGUUUUCAAAACCAGCCAUUUCACCGUCACCGACUUUAAGGAUUUAUGGAAAUUGUUGUUUCCGAGUUUGCUGCCCGCCACACAGCGUGAAGUAACAACCGAAGUUCAGCCACAACAAGCGCAAGCUGAACAACCAACGUCGAGUAAAGCGAGUGAUGCUGCCCUCCCGUGGUGGUAUUUCAUCUCGCCUCGGGGGGAAAACGUAACGUCUGAUCAUGAUUCGAACACGGAGGAAGAAGUUGGGAGUUACCAUGAACGAGCCACAGUGGAGGCGUACGACAGCGAGUACGAGAGCGAAGAUGAACUUGUUGAAUACGAGCCUGUAGAUACAGACAGUGAGAUCUCGGAUGAUGACACGGAGCCUAUAACAUCUGAUGAAGAAGAUACGACCGCUUUGCACCGGUUGAAAGAAUUUCAAUCCGAUGAUGAAGGGGAAGAUGAGACGACGGACGUUAGUAUCGACUCGGACAUAACACUAGAGGAGUUAUGGUCGUGUCCGGAGUGUAAAACGAGGAAUUCCCCAAAAGUUGGAUUUUGUCAAGGUUGUUGGAAGUUAAGGGGGGGCUGGGUGGAAGGGGGAAUGACAUCACAGGAUAUGACAUCAUCAAUGGAACAAAGUUCAAGUUAUGAUGUCACAGACGGACGAGUGACGGAAAACAAUCGUUCCAGUUCACCGAUUGUUACAACAAUGCCCUCUUUUAUGACAUCACAAUCAUUGAAACAUAAACUUGAUGACGUUGAACCCAUGGAAGCGAAGAAACCUCAUCUUGACCCCGCUGACCCAACCCUUCGAUCCGAAACAUCAUCAGCAUCAACUUCAUCGAUGAACGAAACCUCCUCCUUCCCCGGGCUCUGCAACAUCUGUAGGAACAACCCCAAUGAUGCAACGAUGGUACACGGGAAUAACGGUCACCAGUUUUGUUGUUUUAGAUGCGCUAAGCGAUUGAAACGAAAAGGGAAAAGUUGCCCCGUGUGUCGUCAGCCAAUUAUGCUUGUGCUACGAAACUAUAUCGUGCAAUUCUGAUAUUUGUUCGCAAGGUUUAAAAUAUUAUUUUCUUAUUUGUGGGCUCUUCAAGGAUGCUGAAUGACAAACGUGGAAAAUGUUUUUUUAUUCGCAAGAAAUUAUUCUUAAUUCUCAA